AUGCUUCGUACACUAGGAGCCCGGCGCAUGCGGCAACCGCUGCUCCGGGGGGCAACCGCUGCACACACAAACAUAUACAUCGGUGUACGGGCGCAGCUUCGCAGGCUGCAGACCGUUGCGUCCUCUGACGCACAUGAGGCUCUUAAGGACGAGGAUAUCUCUCUGCGCGACAUAUUUGAUCUGCCAACAAAGACGACGAUGGGCUCGCGGUGGUUCCACACAGCCGGACAGCCGACCGGCCUUUUGAUGGAGUCGCGAUUUGUGUCGCCAAAGACAUUCCGCAGCGCCGGCGAGCAGGCCGUGGCGGAGGCAGAGGCGCUAUUGCAAAAGGUGCUGACCGCACAGUCAUUCAGCGAAAAGCGCAACGUCGUAAAGUGUCUUGACCAGCUCAGUGAUGCCUUGUGCAGGGUCAUGGAUGUGGCCGAGUUGGUACGGCAGGCACAUCCAGACUCGCACUGGCAGGAGGCAGCAGACGAGGUGUAUGCGUUCAUGUUUGAGUAUAUGAACGGACUCAAUACGCAUGUGGGCCUGUACCGAAAGCUGGUGGAGAUCAUGGAUGACGCGCAGAUCAGCGCAACGUUUAGCGCGGUCGAGCACGAGGUCGCUCUGUCAUUUAGGAGAGACUUUGAACGCUCGGGAAUCCACUUGACAAAGAGCGACCACGAGCAGUUUGUUGCACUGUCGUCGGAUAUCCAGGAGCUGUCGCGCGAGUUUUUCCGGCGCCAGAGUGUGCCCAGAGCGAGCUCCACCGUCAAGAUGCCGUUUGACCAGCUGCGGACGCUGCCGUCGCAGGUAGCUAUGGGCAUAUUGCAGUCCAGCCGCACAUCCAAGGGCAAAGAUGGCACAACUGUGAUCGAGAUGCCUGUUGAUGACUACACUGCGCAUUAUGUGCUUCGCGACUGCUCCGAGGAGAAGGUUCGUGAGGCGGUGUACCGCCGGUGGCAGCAUGGUGACGAGCAGGCGGUGGGGGCACUGGAGGCUCUGCUGGAGCGGCGCCUGGCACUGUCGCACACAGUCGGCUUCGAGUCAUUCGCGCACAUGACACUGGAUGACAAGAUGGCCAGAUCGCCGAGCCACGUCGUUGAGUUUCUGAAGGCGCUGGCCAAGCAAGGCCAGCCCAGAUGGAGUGCCAUUGCUGAUUCGCUGCAUGCUGCCAAGGCGGCACACACCAAGGCUGACCCUGCCACGCUGGUAUACCCGUGGGACCGCGAGUACUAUGUCGGCAAGCAAAUGAUGGAUCGCGGAGCCCUGCCGUCCUUGUCGCAGUACUUUAGUCUUGGCCGCGUCGUCAUGGGCUUAUCGCGCGUAUUCAAGAGUUUGUAUGGCGUCGAACUGCGGGCUGCAAUGCCGCGGCCCGGCGAGAUCUGGCACCCAGAGGUACGCAAGCUAGAGGUCGUAGACGAAAACAGCCAGCUCCUCGGCAUAAUCUACUGUGAUGUGUUUUCGCGCUCCAGCAAGGCGCAUGUUGGCGCCGCCCACUUCACAGCGCGGUGCGCACGGCGUAUCGACGAUGACGUUGCCGUGGAUGGCCUAGCGCCUGAGUACUCGAGCCAGAGCGUGGUUGAGCGCAACGGCCAAAAGUUCCAGCUCCCCGUGGUAGUCCUGAUCUGCGACUUCCCUGUCCCCAGCGAAGGGUCUCCGCCGUUGCUUUCCUGGAGCAACGUCGAGACGAUAUUCCACGAGAUGGGCCACGCGAUGCACUCAAUGCUGGGCCAGAACGGCUUCCACAAUGUCGCCGGCACAAGAUGUCCAGUGGACUUUGCGCUCUCGCUGUUUGCCUCGCACUACAAGACCGGUGCCCCGCUGCCACCAGAGCUGGUGAGGCAGCACGCCGAGCAGCGUCGCAGGUACACAGCUCUGGACCUCCAUGCACAGCUGUUCAUGUCGGCGCUGGACCAGAAAUACCACGCCAGCACCCUUGAUUCCACAGGCAAUAGUUUGGAACCAGGAUGGUCGACGUUUGUGCUGGCACAACUGCACGAUGACCCGAUGCUGAGCAGCGGCAAGAACUCGUCGCUGUUUGGAUAUGUGCGCGAUACACGCUGGCAGUCACGGUUCACGCACCUGAUCGGCUACGGCGCGUCAUACUAUGCGUAUCUGUUUGACCGUGUGUUGGCUGGCCAAAUCUGGGACCGAGUGUUCUGCGGGGAUUAUCCGUAUGCAACUGCACAGGCAUCUGAAGAGAGUAACCCGCUGAGCAGAGAGGCAGGCGAGCGAUUCAAGAACGAGGUGCUGAGCUGGGGCGGUGGCCGGAACCCAUGGAAGUCGCUGGCAUCGGUGCUUGACAACGGCAAGAUGUCGGCCAAGGACAUUGAGGUUGUUGCUAGAGGCGACAAGCACGCCAUGGGUAUAGUUGGUAGCUGGCGUCUGCCAGACCUUUAG